AAGAGGAAGAGAGAGACUCAAAACUAAACUGUGUACACACAUUCAAAAGAAACGGAACACACGAGUCAAUUGAUCCAUUAUCAAUCCAAAUGAGUACAAGUGAAGGGAGCUCCGGCUCAUCGGCUGCCGCCGCCGUCGAAGUACCGGUGGUAUCAACGGAGAAGAAGAAGGAAAAGUCAAGAGUGAGCAAGACAUCGCAAAUACUGUGGCACGCUCAUCAUAACGAUGCCGCUGCCGUACGGAAGCUACUAGAAGAAGAUCGGACGCUUGUUCAAGCUAGAGAUUACGAUAAUCGAACUCCACUCCACGUUGCAGCGUUACAUGGCUGGAUCGAUGUUGCAAAGUGCUUGAUUGACUAUGGCGCCGAUGUCAACGCUCAGGAUCGUUGGAGAAACACGCCUCUAGCCGAUGCAGAAGGCGCUAAGAAAUCUGCCAUGAUUGAAUUGUUAAAGACAUAUGGCGGGCUAUCUUAUGGACAAAAUGGAAGCCAUUUUGAACCAAGGCCUGUCGCCCCACCUCUACCAAAGAAGUGUGAUUGGGAGAUUGAUCCUACUGAGCUGGACUUCUCAAAUUCUGCAAUCAUUGGAAAGGGGUCUUUUGGUGAGAUCUUAAAAGCUUGCUGGCGUGGAACACCUGUAGCUGUUAAACGCAUCCUCCCAAACCUUUCAGAUGAUCGAUUGGUGAUUCAAGAUUUCAGGCAUGAGGUAAAUUUGCUGGUGAAGCUCCGUCAUCCAAAUAUAGUGCAAUUUCUUGGAGCUGUUACUGAGAAAAAACCCUUAAUGUUAAUAACUGAAUACUUGAGAGGGGGCGAUCUGCAUCAGCACCUCAAGGAAAAAGGUGCUCUUACACCAUCUACAGCAAUCAAUUUUGCUAUGGAUAUAGCAAGAGGCAUGACUUAUCUUCACAAUGAGCCAAAUGUUAUAAUCCACAGAGAUCUAAAGCCCAGGAAUGUUCUUCUAGUCAAUUCCAAUGCAGACCAUUUGAAAGUUGGAGAUUUUGGAUUAAGCAAACUAAUCAGGGUUCAGAACUCCCAUGAUGUUUAUAAAAUGACUGGGGAGACAGGGAGCUACCGCUAUAUGGCACCUGAAGUUUUCAAGCACCGGAAGUAUGACAAGAAGGUUGAUGUUUUCUCUUUCGCCAUGAUCUUAUAUGAGAUGCUAGAGGGUGAUCCACCAUUAUCCCACUAUGAACCAUAUGAAGCAGCCAAGUAUGUGGCAGAAGGACACAGGCCUAUGUUCAGGGCAAAAGGUUUUACCCCAGAAUUGAAAGAGUUGGUAGAGGAAUGUUGGGCACCAGAUAUGAACAAGAGACCCUCAUUUUUGGAUAUUCUAAAAAGACUUGAAAAAAUUAAAGAUGCUCUACCCUCGGAGCAUCAUUGGCACCUUUUCACUUCAUGACAUCAAAUUCCAGAGCUGACCAGAUAUUUCGUUGAAUUCUCCCAUCAAACGCACUAUUUGAAAUUGAUAUGUUUGUCGGAUUGUGCAUAGGAUCAACUGGCAAAGGUCUGCAAAAACUGUUGCUGUACCAAUUCUUUAUGCCCCAUUCAACAUUCCAGCUAUGCUUGUUGUAGAUUUUAUCAAGAUAUUUCCACAAAAUAUCAAGUAGAACUGUGUGUCGAGAGAUUUGUAACAAAUUUCUUACAUUUGCUUCUUUUUUAAAAUGUGAUUCCCAGUGGUAUUGAAGUGGCAACUGUAUUUUUAACCUUUAUUAUUCGUUUGUUUUAUGAUAAAUGCAAUUCUCGCUUUUUAUUUAAAA